CAAUUGUUCCUUGCCAUGCUGUGUGGUCGGGCAUGGGCAAGAUGCCCCCUUCGCUGCCGUGCAGCAGCGAUGAUCAGCGAGGAGCGGCGGGCCAAGAUGGAGUCGCAAAACUGGCAGGUGGUGGGCUCGCAUUCAGCGGUGAAGCUGUGCCGCUGGACGAAGUCCAUGUUGCAGGGCAAAGGUGGCUGCUAUAAGCACACCUUCUAUGGCAUCGCCUCUCACCGCUGCAUGGAGCACACGCCCAACGUCUCCUGCGCCAACAAGUGCAUCUUCUGCUGGCGGAACCACAUCAACCCGGUGGCGCUGGACUGGAAGUUUGACACCGACGAGCCGGAGGCGAUUCUGGAGGAGUCCCUGCGAAAGCACCACGAGACCAUCGAAAGGCAGUGCCUGUCGCCCAACGCCCUGGAGACCCGAAAGGCCGAGGCGCGCAGCGUGCAGCACUGCGCCUUGCGCCUUGGACAAGAAGCGGAAGCGGGCGGGAAAAUGGAGCCAGAGUGCGAACGAAUCUCCCUUGUGCGAAGGCAUUGCAUGCCGACGGCCAGUUAA